GAACGGAUCCAAGUAUGACGUUCAUAUAUUCACUAUAAUCGAGUAACAACAUCAAUGGUAUCGUGAAUAUAAACAAGGUUUGUACUUUUUUUCAUGAUAAUUCAAUAUUGAAAUGAAUUCGUGAUGUUGAAUGUUUACAUAUACAAACGUAUGGUUAUAACUACCUGGUAUAUAUAAAUGUAUAUGUCCAUCAAGCUUUAUUCACAUUUCAAUAAUGAAACUCAUCUUAUUAUUUGUACUAACUAUUUUGUUACUGUUCAAUGUAACUGAAUCCAAAUCUAGUCAACAGGAACUAAUUAUUGAAAGUGUCAAAUUAUGGAAUUCAAUUAAAGAACUUUGGAAGAGAUUUGAACAUAAGUGUCAAGAGAAAAUUCGAAAAUAUCUUGAGGAAGAUGAUUUAGGCGAAAAAAUAGCCGAUGUUUUAAAAAUUUAUGUCAAGCGUUUCAACAGGCGUUUAGAUAUGCGUUUAUCAGCAGACAGACAAGAAUAAACAUUUAUCAUAGCUAUAUUCAAUCAAGAAGAAGAAGAACACCAUUGUAAUGAAUUUUAAUUCAAUAAAGUAGCUGAAAACGAAUUCGUUGUUUGAUUAUAAGACAGAUAAUGAUUGUACACGAGUGUCUAAAAUAUUUUUUGGAAGAAGGAAUGAAUACAUUUGGUCAUAUCAUUACUAUCUCUUAGUUUGAAUGUUAUAUGAAUUACUCUCUUCAGCGGAAACAAAAGCUCACUUGAAGGUGUACAUUUACACUUCACACAUUUAACACUUAGGCCUGUUACCCCUCGUCGAGAAUGGGCUUCCGACCUACUCCAUCCUGAACUCUCCUUUCUAGUUGUUUCCAGGUGUUGUUUAUCUUUUAAUUUCUACCUCCGAUUCCCGACUUAAUUUAUUUUCCGAUCUACCUCUUUUUCCUUUACCUUAAGAAUUCCAAGUUAUGACUUGCUUCGUGAUCCAAUUUAUUAUCGUUACUAUUAUUAUUGCUGCCAUUAUUAUUAUUAUUGACUUGACAGUUUGGUGAUUUUCCCAGUGAAUGUCCUAUCCAUCUCCAGCGUCUUUCCCUAAUUACCUAUUCAUAUGGAAGGUAAUUUAUUCUCUUCCAUAGUAGUGUGUUGUCAAUGGUUUCCGGUCAACGGACAUUGAGUAUCUUACGUGGACAAUUCUUUAUAAAUAUAUGUACUUGUUUGAUGAUCA